AUUUGUACUACAGAAAACAAGCUAUAUUGCACUGAUCUAUAUAUGAUUUAUCAGUGCUGUGAAGAUUUUGUUUUCGUUAACGCACAGAAUAGUUCAUAUGUGCGCUGAAAUUGCGCAGAAAAGCAGACUGGUGUAAAUACAAGCCACUUGACUGCAGUGACGUUGCAUUACAGUGUUAUGUGUGAUAUGAAACUUAACUUUUAAUUAACGUUUAUGUUUUAAGUUUAGGUCUUAAAUUAAAAGGAAAGCUUAUGUCCUGUUUGUGUUGUUAGAUCGCAUUUAAAUGUCAAUGCAACAAAUGCCCGAAGAGAAAACAGUAAGUGCAAAUUCAAUGCAGGCAGUACGUGUUGAUGAUGCAGGGAGACUGGAUGUGAAACAUGUCCCUCGGCCUGAACCCAAAGAUGGGCAGCUCCUCAUCAGAGUCGCCGCAACCGCUUUAAACAGAGCCGAUCUUCUACAGAAAAGGGGUGUUUACCCACCUCCCCCUGGAGAGAGUGAAAUCUUGGGACUGGAGGCCAGCGGGGUGAUCGCUGACAUUGGUCCUGAGGUCAAGGGGAACUGGAUGCUGGGAAGUAAAGUAAUGGCUUUACUCGGAGGAGGCGGCUAUGCAGAAUAUGUAGCUGUUCCAGAAGAACUCAUCAUGCCUGUCCCAUCACACCUCGAUCUUCACCAAGCCGCAGCUCUUCCUGAGGCCUGGCUGACUGCUUACCAACUUCUGCACUUCAUAGCCAAAGUGAAACCGAAUGAGACGGUGUUGAUUCAUGCUGGAGCAAGUGGAGUCGGUACCGCUGCCAUUCAACUGGUUCGCUUAUGUCGUGCGAUUCCAGUAGUGACAACAGGAAGCCCUGAAAAGUUGAAAUUUGCAGAGCAGAUUGGAGCAGCUGUGGGAAUCAAUUACAAAGAGGAGGAUUUCUCAGAAAAAGUACUUCAAUUUACUGAAGGUAAGGGAGCUGAUGUGAUUCUGGACUGCAUUGGUGGAUCUUUUUGGGAGAAGAACAUUUGUAGCCUUGCAAUGGAUGGGCGAUGGGUGCUUUAUGGUGCAUUGGGUGGUAAAACAGCAGAUGGAGACUUGUUUGGCAAGCUUUUGAGGAAAAGAGGGCAUCUCCUUUGCAGUCUCCUCAGAAACAGAAGUUUACAGUAUAAAGCAGAGCUUGUCAGGAGUUUCACCGAGCAGGUUUUGCCACACUUCCAGUCGACAGAUCCUCCCUUGCGGCCUGUGAUUGACAGCAUGUUCAACAUGGAAGAUGUUGAAAUGGCUCAUCAACACAUGGAGGCCAACAAGAAUAUUGGGAAAAUAAUUAUCAAAAUUGGAACCUCUUGAUCAUAGUAUUAUUAUAGAAUACAUACAGUCAGUAACAUCACCUGAUCAGCCCCUGUGCAGCAGCAUUGAGAAUAACAUCUAUGCGUUAACAUGCUGUAGAGCAACAAUCAGCAGAUCUGUCACUGUUUACGACCACUUACAAAACUGCUGGCAGUGUUAAAUGUUGUACAGAAAGAUUUGACAGCCUAAAAUGUAUGAGAGGAAAGCAUACAGCUUCGGAUGAAGAAAAGUUCCUAUAAUUAGAUUGUGAUCAUAUGUUGUAAUCAGUUUAAAUUUUCCUCAUAUCUGUUAUUCCAUUUAGAUUUAUUUCCUUUAUUUCCUCAUCCUCCUCCCAUACCUGUAACAAAUCCUUACCUAAAAUGGAAGCCCUAAAAUGAUACUUACUAAUUUUUUUUUUGUCCAGAAUGCUUAUAUCAUUUCAUUUUGAUUGUAUUGUUCUUAUUUUUAAUGCACAUUUUUUUGGAGAUAUUUUGUAAUAUUUCUUAUUUUAUUUACCUUUAAAUUUUAAUAUAUAUAAGCACAUCUUUCACUUAAAUACAAAAUAACUCUCCA